AUGAGCCCUGAUAUCGUACAUGAGGUCGCCCAGGCGUUGCAGACCAUCCAGCCAGUGCCCAUCACAAACGAGAACUUUGCGCGCUGGGGCCAGGUCGUCCGUCUCCCCGACGCCGACCCCAACGCUGUUCAAGUCAAUCAAGGCACGGCGCGAAAGUUUUCGCAUUUAGCAGAGUUCAUCAACCUCCGUCCCGCCUCAACAGACAGCGCAAACCCCAACCCAACGCUGGCCCCCGCCACCGCCAACAUUGCCAUCUUCAAAUGCUACAAGCCUGUCGCCACCCCAACCUUUGGCAUCAAACUUCUCGAGCGCCAUUCUUACUCGUCCCAGAUGUUCAUGCCCAUGGGCGGCGACGGCAACGGAUCAUUUAUCGUUGUGACGGCCGAGAAUGGUCCUGAUGACAAGCCAGUUCUGUCGACAUUGCAGGCUUUCCGGUGCAACAAUACGCUGGGCAUCAACUAUAAGCCCAAUGUGUGGCACCAUCCCAUGAUUGUGAUUGAAAAGCCUGUGCAGUUUAUGACGAUUACACACGAGAAUGGCGUCGCGCUGGAGGAUUGUGAGGAGUAUUGGUUUACGAAGGAGAGCGGGUCUGAGGGUGGCGUUGCUGCCUUGAUCCAGUUGACUCAAUAA